AUGGUGGCCGGGGGCGUGCAGAGCGUGGAGGAGGGCGCCCUCUACGCCACCCACCCCUCAUACUACCCCCAGUUUUACUCCACUCUCCUCCCUCCUGCGCCCCCGGGCUCCUACUCCUCCUCCAACUACUCCUCCUCCACUUACUCCUCCUCUGGCCAGUCUUCAGACUACUCGUGGCUGAAGCUAGAGGGGGGGCCCGGGGGGUGCCGCCCCUCACCUACCGGCCGCACGCGCCACCCGCGGUGCACCUGCCCGUCGCCUGAGGCCCUGCGGCAGGCGCGGCGGGCCCUGGCGGCGCGGCGGGCACGCGUAGCCCGCGACCCUCGCUGCACCUGCCCCAGCCCAACCCUCAGCCGUGACCCCAGCCCGUGGGGGGGAGGCUCCCCAUCGCCCCCCUCCACCCCAGCCACAGCCUCCCCGCCCCCCAGACACCCCCGUUGCACCUGCCCUGAACCUGACCUGACACACAGGCUCUCGGCCGCUCGGAGGGCACGCUCUGCUCGGGACCUGCGAUGUACCUGUCCCACCACUGGCACGCCUACCCCCACUCCCACCCCGCCACCCCACUCCCAGGAGCCCACCUGCACAUGUCAGCCGCCGCUCAGCACUCAGCCGCAGCAACCGCUGACGCGUCGCGCCUCCAAGAGCCGCCUGGUGCACGCAGUGCUGCUCAACAGCCCCGGCAACACCGCCAUCAGCACUGAACAUGGCGACUUCGUGCCGCUGUCCGAUGCUCCCACUAAGAUCUCGGAGUCUCCGAAUCUCAGCAAGACGCGGGCCAAGGCAAAGAAGCAAAAGGAGAAAAGUAAAGGCAAAGGCGCUAAAAGCGACGAGGAUACCAAGAGCGGAGAUGGCGGCGAGGACUCUUCUCAGCCGGCGUCUCCUGCACGCCGCGUGAAGGAUAAACUCUGCCACCUACGACACAAGAUGGUGAGCGGUGUGGCUGCCCUGACCUCAUCCCGCCCCCACAGCAGGGAGGGGGACGGCCACACCUGUCGCUGUGAGAGUAGCGGCGAGGGCGGCCUGCGUGUUCGAGCACCUGGAACUGUCACGAGGGUGUUGCCGGCGCCCGCCCCGACGCCUGUAGAUUUGACGCCUCAGGGAGACGGAGGAUUCCCCACGGUUAGUGAACAGCGCCCAGCGGAAGGGUCCUUCCCAGUGGAAGACCUUCCCCAGCCUAUCUUGGAGGGUGUGUGUUCCCCCUUGGGCGAGGUGCCGCCUCUCAGCCCUCCUGAGGAGGCGGUCACACCCUUUCCCCGGCAGCCCUCCUCCCUAUCUCAGAGUAUGUAUAGUCACACCCCUUUAGCCUCAUCUUACCUCACAUUGGAAGGUCACAGGAGCCCUGGGUUCAUUGCUCGAGGCCUGCGGGACCUGCAGAGGCUGAGUGCCUCCCAUGGACACCUCUAUUCUCCUGAAAGUGCUGCCUUAAGCAGGACGAAAUCACUUGAGCUUUGUGAUAAGGAUUCGCAAGAGGGAGAAACCGAAAGCUCUGCACCCUCCUCAAGAGGCUCCGUGAUCCACCUGCCGCCUGCGUCGUCUCCUGCUCAGUGUUGGACCAAACAAGUCCUGCCGCAGUCAUCGGGGUGCAGGUUGCAGACUGGCGGCGACACUGUGUACAUAUCAACGCCCUGCAUCAGCACCAACACUAGUGUGUCCACGGCCCUCGGCAGCAGCAGGAUCAGCGCGGCGAGGUCUGUGGACAAAGUGCCGGAGGCCGGGACGGGGCCGGACUAUGAGAAUGUGGUGUUCCAUGACUCAGGGCGCUACGUGAUGCUGAGCAAGAGGCUGCUGGACAAGUGGCAGCUGUCCUACGAGGCGUGUCUGCCCCCCGAGCACACCGCCACACAGCCUCAGAGGGCGCUGCACGGCGAAGGCGGCAUCCCGACUGUGACGGUGACUGAGAACGUUCAAGUGUCUACCGCGUUGCCUUGUGAUGAACGAGAAUCAGACAAUGUUGCCUUAACUCUGACGCCUCCCUCGGCCACCUCCACCUCCACUACCUCCACUACUGCCACUCACCGCACCUCCCACCCCUCGCUGCUCUCCACCUUCACCCACUCCACCAACACCAUCACUUCUCUGUCGUCAACGCCGUCAUACUCCUCCCUCAACCAAAGCUUCCUAGACAUGACCCUUCAGUUCCCUGAGGUGCCGGCGCCGCCGCGCCUCUCCUUGUACCAGUCGUCAGUCUUGCCGUCACCGCCCACCGCCGUCACCUCCCUCAUCAACCUAUGCUCGUCCACUUCCACCUUCGCCCCCUCCACACCCCUGCAGGCGCACCCCAGCCCCUCCUCGCCGUUGCUGUCGCCCGCCUCCACACUGCACCACCUCGCUACGCAGCACGUCGGCGGCCUGGUGGAGGAGACGCACCACUCCCUGCCUCGGGACGCCAAGCUCGCGGUCCCCAAAACAGACACGCCGCGGAGGGGCCGCGAGGAGUACCGUUCGUUCAGGAGCCUGGCCCCUGCCGCGCCUGCCCACGUGCGGCGACACAGUGACGUCACCUCCACGUACUUCAGCAGGAAAGGUAAGUCCCAGCAGAGCCACACUGAGCCACAACCAUGCCUGCAGGGAGCCGCUGGCACCCCCCUCCUGAGGCACCAGAUGCAGGAGAGGAAGGUAAUCCCAAUAUAG